GUCCCGCCUGAUUCCCGGAAACAGGUCCAACCGACUGUUUCGGGAGAUGACCUCGAGGACGAGGGAAGAGGCUUUGGCGGAAUGGAUCUCAGCUCGAGCGGAGCGGAGGAGGGCCUUGGAGAAGCUCAGUGGAGCCGGGGCAGGGGAGGCGGACCUCCUAAAUGCUUUUCCCUUCCUGGGAGGCGUAAAGGGGCUUCUCAAGAAGGGUCCCAAAUCCCGAUCUCCCGCAGCCCCCCCGAGGUCAGAUGAGGGGCCCUCGGGGGGAGGGAGGGAGGGAUCCCCAAAGGGAGGAGAGGAAGGGGGGCCCGAACCAUCCGGGCGUGAGGAGGGAUCCCGCCCCAAGAGAAGGGAGCUCCUCGAGAAAUCGAGGAGGGAGGCCAAGGAGGGGAUGGCUCCCUUUUCUCUUGUCUCCCAAGUGGCCGGCCUGACCUCCCAGGAGGGGGUCCACAUCACCUCUGCAAUGGGGGUGUCAGACACGGAGCUGGAGGCGAUUUUGGCGCGGAGAGGGGGGUCCGGGAGCCAGAUCAGGACCUCCGAAUCAUCAGACUCCGAACCUGUGGACUGGGAUUGGAUUAGGGCGCUCUUUGUUGACCGCAUUGCUGUUGAAGUUGCCAAGGUUUAG